AUGGCCAUACCAGGCAACAUAUGGUUGGAUGCCAGCGAGCCUUUCCUGGGUGAAAUGCGAAUCUCGUGGAGAAACUCGACGAGUUCCGUGAUGUCUUUUUCUCCGCGUGGGAAGCUGCUGCUGGAGGUGCUCAUGGUGCUCAUGUGUGUCGGCGCAGUGACGGGAAAUAUCCUGGUCAUCAUGAUUGUGGUGGCAACAAAGACAUUCCACUGUGUGACGUCUGUGCUCAUUAUUAAUUUGGCAAUCAGUGACUUCCUGGUUGGCAUUGGUGUCAUGCCAUUUGUGGCCGUUUCUAUCAUGAAUAAUGGAUGGGUGAACUGCACUGAUUUAUGUCUUUACGUGGGUUACACCUCCUCCGUCUACUGCAGUGCUUCAGUCCUAACACUUGCAGCUAUCGCUUUGGAUCGCUAUUACUCCAUUGUAGACUGUCUGCACUAUAAUUCACGCUGUACUGCAUGGCGAACUGGUGCAGCUGUACUAUGGAUCUGGCUGCAGGCCAUGCUCACCAGUUGUCCACCUCUGCUAGGCUGGAGUAACAUCAGCUUUGUGAGCCCUAUGUAUAGCUGUGCUGUCAACUGGGCUAGCAGUCCCAGUUAUACAGUCUUCAUGGCAGCUCUCUGCUUUCUCCUUCCUGCCAUAGUCAUUCUCUUUUGCUAUGUGAAGAUUGUGCGAGUAGCCCAGCACCAUGCUCACAGGAUCCACAGCCUUCAGCAGCACUUUCAACACAGCAGGGGCCACCACAUAUCUUCACCAUUCGAAUCAUCCCACCAGUGUUCAGCUGUGGACCUGGAAAUGCAUGACCCGUCCAGGCUUGUGUACUAUGUAAGUGGGAGGUUUGUAUCAGAAUCUCAAUUCAAUGUUCCUCAUCCUAAAGCAGAUCUAACAGGAGAAUCAACUUCAGAACUUGAAGGGAAAAGCAGCUCCAGACUUUCCAGUCAACGUCUACAUACCUUCCUUGCUCAUCUCCAGGGUGGUAGCACUCUGCAGAACAGUCAUCCCCAGCAACAUGGUGUUGUGAGGCUUUUCAUGGUUAUUGCUGCCUUCUUCCUGUGCUGGACACCUUACAUUGGAGUUGCUCUGGUGCAGGCUACUGAGACUGCCCUCUCCCGAUCAGCGAGCCAAGUGCCACCUGCUGCUGUCACUUUCUCUUACUGGCUUGUGCUUUUCAACUCAGACAUCAACCCAUUACUGUAUGCUCUACUCAGCAAGCGAUUCCAGGGGGCAUUGCAGAACCUCAGGAAGAAGAUUCAGGCCAGGCUGGGUAUAGUUCAAAGGGCAGAAGAGGGAAGAACAGAUGGAGAAAGGCGAAGGUUCACAACUCCCACAAAUGUAAUAUCCAGUGUCACAGAUCAGCAUCGCCAAGAUAGUGGACCCCAUCAGAAUGGGUCUGUGUACUCCUCUGUUUUCACAAUGAAUACAACUUUUCCCAGAAGCUAUAAGCCAGAAGCAAAUGAAGUCCUUCUGCCAGGGAGUAUGUUAUCAUCAUCUUCCUUUUCUACUUCUUCCUCUUCUGGUUCCCUUUGUCAUAAGUGCAGCAGAAAUACCCCAGGAAAGUCAGAAUGCCUGCAGGUUCCCUCCAAGCCAAAAGGGUGGGACAAACUACACAGUACCCCUGUAAUCAAGGAGAGACAUUCAACUUUUUUUUAUGGCCAGAUUGCAGUACGAGUGGAACAGGAAAUUUGCUGAGCCUGAAUUGAAGAAUUUGACUACAAACAAGCUGGAAAUGAACAUGCAUGGUACUUUAGUUAUUGUAUUUUAGGAAUUACAAAUUUAAUUCCAUUUGUGCUUCUGGCUACAUGAAAUGAUAUUUGACUGUGUAUAUUACUAUUUAUGAAGAAUUUAAUAUUUAACUUAUGGCACUAAUUUUAAAUUAAAAAAAAACUAAAAGAAAAUAAUUGUGACAAUCCAAAGCUUUAAAAAAGGUGUUUCAUGUCAUGAGAUUUUGAAGUAAUUUUACUAAGACUAUUAAAUAUUAUGUAAUUAAAGGCCUGUUUUUGUGAAGUUAUGUUUGGGUGU